UUGUGCCCUGCCCAGUCAGUCUCCGCCGUCUCUGGCAUUCUGUCGGUUCGACCAUUCAGUACAUCCACCACCCAUAGUAGUAGUAAUCCCUGAUUCUGGAUCCCAUACGUUGUCCCAGUUUUUGUUAUUUUUCUACACCUAAAUUUGCCCACCAUCGUGGCUUUGCGUAACGCCAAAGUGUGUUGUGAGUGAAUAAUUUCCAACAGCCGUCACCGUCGUUCGUUUGACGUUGGAUAAGUUGUAACAACAGAACAUAGUGGUGCAGCAGCCGGUGUCGGAAAAGAGAAGGUGCGUCGUCCUUUGACGGCGUUGCUCCUUACGUACUGUAGAUACGCGCUGCAGAAAUAAAAGAAAAAAAAAAGUAUACUUGCAUACGCACUUAAUCCGAUUAAAAAACCAGUGGGUAAAACAACGCAUCGCUCGUGUAACAUACACAUGUCCAGCUACAGCUGCAGGUGAAAGAAACGGGUGUGUUGUUUUUUGUUUUGCCUGUGAGAAAUCCUACAGAAGGUGCCUUUACAUCACUAUACAGCAACAAAAAGGCCCACCGCGGGAGCCGCGCUUUCAUGGAUAACGUGCAGUUUUAACAACUAUAGGAGUCGUUGCAGAAGUCCAGAGAGUUGAGAGUCGAAAAUAUGCCGGAGGAACGAAAGGCGAGCGUCGAGCCGACGGAAACGGCGACCGAGAACGGUACCAAGGGCUCGCCGGUCAAGAUGCCACCCAGAAAGGACAAAAUGGCCAUCGCCAGGAUCACCCUGUUGGACGGCAGCCAGAGAGACUUUAGCAUCGAGAGAAGGGCAAAGGGCCGCGAUCUGUUCAACAGCGUUUGCCAGAGCAUCAAUCUCGCGGAGAAGGACUACUUUGGGCUGAUCUACGAGAACAAGCACUACGCGCGGAACUGGCUCGAUUUGGAAAAGAAGAUCUCAAAGUUCCUGAGAAACGAGCCGUGGAACUUCAAGUUCGAGGUGAAAUUUUACCCCCCGGAUCCCGCCCAGCUCCAAGAGGAUAUAACGCGCUAUCAGCUGUGCCUGCAAAUCAAGAACGACAUAGUGACGGGCCGAUUGCCGUGCACCUUCGUCACGCACGCUCUGCUCGGCUCCUACUUGGUCCAAUCGGAACUGGGCGAUUACGAUACCAACGAGCACGGGCCCAACUACUUGGCGGAUUUUAAGUUCGCGCCCCCUCAAACCCAGACCCAGGCACUGGUCGACAAGGUCAUGGAUCUUCACAAAACGCACAAAGGUCAGACACCCGCUGAAGCCGAGCUGCAUUACCUCGAGAAUGCAAAGAAAUUGGCGAUGUACGGGGUGGACAUUCACAACGCGAAAGACUCCGAGGGCGUCGACAUCAUGCUCGGCGUCUGCUCGACCGGCUUGUCGGUUUACAGGGACAGGUUGAGGAUCAACAGAUUCGCGUGGCCCAAGAUUCUCAAGAUCUCGUUCAGGAGGCACAAUUUUUACAUCAAAAUCCGACCCGGGGACUUUGAGCAGUUUGAAUCCACCAUUGGCUUCAAAUUGGCCAACCACAGAGCGGCCAAGAGGCUUUGGAAAACUUGCGUCGAGCACCACACUUUCUUCAGACUCAUGAGUCCUGAGCCUGCCAAGAAGAGUAGUUUGAUCCCGAACUUGGGCUCGAGCUUCCGUUACUCCGGCCGAACGCUGCACGAGACAAAGAAGACGACCAUCGAGAGACAACCGCCCAAGUUUGAGCGAUUCCUCAGCGGACGACGAAUCACCUCUCGAAGCAUGGACAGCUCGUCACAACCUAUGCUUUCAGCCCUAGGUGCGCAAAAGAAUCUCGAGUCUUACAACGAGGAGCCGAGCAAGCGGCACACCCUGAACAACCGUAGCUACGAGCCGGAAACGUUGCCCGCGAUGGAGCACAUUGAUCAGCGACCGAGUCCGAUUAAAACGCAGAAAGAAAAGCUCGCUCGAAAAACGAGCGCCGGAACUACGUCGGCCAGCAGCGCGAGUAGCCUGGAGGGAGACUAUGACGCCGGCGGCAAGAAACUGAUCGGAGGGAUCGCGGUCCUACCGCUCGGUGAUCUCUCAAAGAAGAAGAAGAAGAAAAACAUUGAAAACGAAAGCGAGAAGGAAAACCAUAACGAUCUCAACAAAUCGGCUCCGAUGAGCGAGAGCUCGCAGCUCGAGAUCAUUGACGAAAAGUCGCCGGUUAAAAAGUCCGAGGCUAAAAAGAAAGAUAAAAAAACCGUCGAGACUCCCAGCAAGGCCGAAAAGUCCGAGAAGGAGAAGAAAAUUAAGAGUCCAAUCAGUGGUCUGGGCAAACUGUUCAUUAAGCACGACAGGAGCAGCGACAAAAAGAAGAAGUCGGACAAGCCCAAUGAACUGGACGACUCCAACGCCUCGAAGGACAAGUCAAGCGACCUCGAGACCAGCAACCUGUCCGCCAGCGAGAAAGCAAAGACCCCCGACGAGAAGACCGACACAGAAAAGUCGACUGCCAGCACGCCAGCCUUCACCAAGGCCUAUGAGUACGAGGAGCGUGAACACUCGCCGAACAAGAGGCGAGUGGUGCCGCCACGUGGUUUCACGUACGAGGGAGACAACAAAUCGGCGUCGCAGCCCUCGCAAGACGCGCAGUCACCGGCCUCGCCUGGCAAAAAAGCCACGGGACUUGCAUUCAGUUACGCGCCCGGUGAGAGCAAGAAGUUGGAAGAGCAGGCCGAGAAACGAAGGCAAAAAGAGGUGGAGGAAAAGGUAGUGCUCGCCCCCAUGGGCAUCAAAACGCCGGGAAUAAAUUACGUCGAGUCCGCGGGACUGAAAGAACAACAAAAGGGUCUCGGCCAGGGUGGUAGCGCGCCAGCAGCCACUCCGGCUCCUGUGUCCAAGCCGCUGACUCAGCCGCCAGCGCCGCCAACAACGUCCCCCGCAAAAGAUUCAAAGAACGCCUCCAAGAGCCUUAUCGUGAGCGAGGCCAAGGGCCAGGCUGCUGAAAUUAAGCCUGGUGUCGUGAUUCCCGGCACGGAGCAGCCCGACGUUGACCAUCGCGUUUUACCGCUGCCCGACGGUGCCCGGAUAAUCGGUGGCCUUAUCUUCACCAGAGACGGCAAACCACUCGACCAGAGCAGCUUGGGCCCGGAAGGCAGUCGAGUGAUCGACGGUAAGGUUUGCUCCAAGGAUGGCAAGCCCAUCAAGAAGGCAGACUUUGGUGUCCAAGGCAUGCACAUUGCCAACGGCGUCAUCACUGGCAAAGACUCCAAGGCCGCGAACCAAGAAGUUCUGGGUACCGACGGAAGCUCCAUAAAGAACGGCCUUUUGUACGGUCCGGAUGGCAAGCUGUUGAAUGGAUGCGCGCUUGGUCCGGACUACACGCUCGUCAAGGACGGCGUGAUCGUGUCUAAAAAUGGCAAGCCCCUGCAGCACAGCAAGCUGGGGGCAGACGGGACCUACGUGAAGGACGGCCUGGUAUUCGCCCGGGACGAGAGACCAUUGACUCAGGGCUCGUUCGGCGCUGACGGGAAUUACAUCGUGGGUGGAAUCGUUUGCCGCAACGACGGCAAGCCUGCCGAGCAGGUCGCUCUGCUGCCCGAUUCUACGUACAUCAACGACGGUAUUAUCUACGGCCGGGACGGCAAACCCCUGGCCAGCGGCGACCUCGGCCACGAGGGGCACUACGUCACCGAGGGUAAAGUAUACUCCAAGGACGGCAAACCGGUCAAGCACGUGACCUUCAGCUCCGACGGCUCGUCCAUCAAAGACGGCGUCGUGUACGGCAAGGACGGGAAAUUUUUGAACCAGGGCUCGCUGUUGCCCAACGGUGCGCACCUGGCGCACGGCAAGAUCGUUGGCAAGGACGGCAAGUCCGUGAAGCACGCGUUCUACAAGCCUGACGGUAGCUAUGUCAAGGACGGCAUCGUCCAUGCAAAGGAUGGACGGCCGCUGAAUCAGAUUCCGUUCAUCAAGGACGGAGUCUACGUCAAGGACGGUCUGCUGUACGACCAGAACGGUAUGCCGGUGAAUCAGAGCUUGUUCAAACCCGACAACACUGUCAUCAGAGACGGACUGGUUUUCGACUCGAACGGCGCACCCCUGAAACACGGAGUGUUGGGCCACGACGGCUUGACGGUCAAGGACGGACACAUCCUUGGUAAAGACGGCAAGCCCGCGAAACAGGAAUCUCUCAGCUCGAACGGCAAUCACGCGAAGAAGGGCCUCGCGCACAACAAGUCUGGCAAACUUUUGAACCAGGAUUCACUGGUGCCGGAAGGUCUGGCCAUCAAGGACGGAAAGAUCCUCACGAGAGACGGCAAGCCUGUCAAGUCGACCUUUUUCAAGCCCGACGGUAGCUACGUCAAGGACGGCGUCCUCCAUGGUCAGGACGGCAAACCUCUGAACGUGUCCUCGGCACUGCCCGCGGACAGCUACAUCGUCAACGGAGCGAUAUUCGAUCAUUCCGGUUCACCGCUGAGUCGUGAACUUUUCGGCUCGGACGGCUCUUACGUGGCCGGAGGAUUGGUCCACGACAGGGAUGGCAAGAUCGUAGCCGAGGGCUCGUUCGGUGCCGACGGCAACAAGAUCAAGAACGGCCUGAUAAUCGGCAGGGACGGCGAGCCUUUGACGCAGGACGAGAACGGUCCCGACGCCAUUGCCAUCAAGAAUGGCAGGAUCGUCGACUCGGAAGGACGUCCGAAGAACCAGGCGUCACUCGUACCCGACGGUUGUUACAUCAGGGACGGCGUUGUCUUUGACAAGAACGACGAGCCGCUCAAGCAGGGAGCCUUCAGAACUGACGAAACUUACAUCAAGGACGGCCUCGUUCAUGGCUGGGGUGGACAGCUCCUCAACGCUGGCACGCCUCUGCCGACCGGCUAUUACGUCGAGGAGGGCCGAUUGUUCGGUAAGGACGAGCAGCCGCUGAACCACAGUUCUUUCGGCACCGAGGCCGGCUACAUUCAGAACGGCUUUAUAUACGGGAAGGACAUGAAGCCAGUGAAGCGAGGUACCUUUGGUGACGACAGCAGUUACGUACAGGAUGGCUCGAUUUACGGGCCCGACAGGAAGCCCCUCAACAGAAAACUCUCCGUCGUUACAAUCACCUAUUACCGCUACGGCCUCGCGUGCGAUAAGAAUGGCAAGCCCGUGAAGCAGGCCACCUAUGACGACAAAGGUGCCACCGUAAAGAACGGAAAGAUCUACGACAACUCUGGUCGGCCCCUGACUCAAGCGAAAGCCAAUCCUGACGGCACCAUCGUGAAAAAUGGCCUGACGUACGGAGCCAAUGGAAAACCCCUCCAGCGGGGCCAUUUGAAUCCCGAGACUUGCUACAUUGACCAAGGAAAGGUGUACGACGCCGAGGGACAUCCCCUCACCCAGGAAGCCUUCGGGCCCGAGGCUGUCAAAGUCGUGCAAGGCGUCGUAGUCGACGAGACCGGCAAGCCUUUGAAGAGCGCAGUCUUCGAUGCCGAGGGUAACGCCGUCAAGAACGGCGUGAUUGUCACGGCACAGGGCAAACCCCUGGACAAGCAUUACGUGACGAUAACGAUAACGAUGAUCAAGAAAGGUCUGGUUUCCAACAAAGACGGCUCGCCGGUGACCAGCGGUAUCGUCUCCGAGGACGGUAGUUACGUUAAGGAUGGCAAAAUUUACGAAAAGAGCGGCAAGCCCAAGAAUCAAGAGCUAAUCGGCGAUAAAAAUGCCUUCAUUAAGGACGGUGUAGUAUACGCGAAGAGCGGACAACCUUUAGAUAAGGAGAACUUUAAUAUGCGCGAUCUCAAGACCAUGGCACCCAAAGUCGAUCAGUUAGCGCCUAAGCAGAAGAAGACCGCGUUGCCCGUCAGUACGCCCACUAUCGUGAAAUCGACGACCAAGCAGUCGAUGAUCAAGGACCAGGAAGGCGUCACGCAGAACGUUGUGGAAAGGGUCGAGGAUCUCACGCCAGGUGGCUCGGGACAGGUUACUGUUUCCACGCACACCAACAAGGCCGAAGCACCUAACGAUGGCACGGCUCCGUACAUAUCGGCAACAGCGGUGACGACUCGCACGGCCACGAUGCAUGAAGAUCUCGAAAAGAACCAGAAGACCAGCCAGGUCGAGGAGAAGACGGUGGCACACACAACAGCGACCAGCGCGACAAGACAGGAACAACGAACCGUGACACAGGAAGUCAGAACUACGAGCCACGUGCUCUCCGGAGAACAGCUGUUUUCACGACGUCUCAGUACAUCGAGUUCGAGCAGUUGCGAUUCUGGAACACCCAUCGAUCUUGAUGACGAGCAGCAGGCAUUCUGCAAUCAGUAUUACAAGGGAGAUCCGGCAGGUAUAGUAGCUACUGAAAGCCACGUGUACACGGGAGAGCCGGAGAACAACGUGACCACAACGACGACGGUACCCCUUGUGGCAACCGAAUCGAGGAAGGUGGCGGUCGAGAACGAGGACGGCACGUACACCGCGACCGGCGAAAUCGUGAGCUCGCAGACGAUCUCCAGCAAGACGCGCACCGUUGAAACGAUCACGUAUAAAACUGAAAGGGACGGAGUUGUCGAGACGCGAGUUGAGCAGAAGAUCACGAUACAGUCGGACGGAGAUCCCAUCGACCAUGACAAGGCCCUUGCUGAAGCUAUUCAACAGGCCACGGCGAUGAACCCAGACAUGACUGUUGAGAAAAUUGAGAUUCAACAACAAACGGCACAGUAAACGUUUUAUUUCCAUCUGCUUAUUGAGAGUUAACGGAGAGAUCUUUAUUUGUAAAUUAAACAUAUUCGAGAGACUUAAAAAUGGUACUGGAAUAUAUUAAAAAGCAAUGUGCUCAUGAGCGUUAAAAAAAAAAAAAUCGCGAUCCAUGUAAAAGCUACGUUACAAUUAGCUGAAACAAUAGUAAGAAAAACAAAUAUUUAAGCUUGAAUCUUGAUUGAAAAUCAAGACAAUACGUGCAUUCGCAUUUUGAUAGAGUUUAUUGACGAAUUUCGAAACAGCGUAAGAAUAGAAAGUUAUGUCGCGUACUGGGUUGCAAUAACUAUGCUGGGACUGUCGUUUUACGUGUCGAAUACAAGGAUUGUGUAUAUUCGAUUCAAGGUUAUACAUUUCGAUUGUGAAUUCGUUCUUCGUGCAUCUAUCUUCCAAGCUUUAGCAUUUUUCAACUCUUUAUACGUGUUUUGUCUGUAAAAUGAAAAAAUAUCUUAAUUACCGAUGCGUAUUUUUUUUUCUUAAAUGCGCUGAAAUUUUUUAUGGAAUCAUUGAGCAUGAAAAUCGAAAAAGUAGCUUUGUUACGCAAUUCCCUGUAUAGUACGAUUAGUUUGGCACAGUAGAUUUUGAAAGAUAUUAUAUACUGAUGAAAAUGAUAAAUAUAUUAUACAUAGUAUACAUACAUAUAAUAUAUUUAGGCAAAGGUAACGUCUAUUGUCAUCACUUUUCAAGAUAGCAAAAUAUUAAUUACAAAAUACAUGCAUAAAUCAAAAGCUGCAGUCAAACAUCGAAAACCUGCUUGUUAAGUGAUGUAAAUUAAACUUUUCCCUUGCAAAAAGUUAGAUGUAUCUAAUUAUAGAUAAACAAAUUAAAAAAAAAAAAUACAUAAAAAAAAUAAAAAAAACCAUACCGAUAGCAACUGAUGCUUUGGACGCCGUACAUUUAGCUAUAGAGUGCGCAGCUAUACAUAGUUCUAUAUAUUUUUAAAGAUUUUUGUUGACUUAAAUAUAUUUUACAUUGUUUGAACAUAUUUAGUACAGUGAUAAAUUAUAUGAGAAGAAUUUUAUUACUUUUAAUAAUUAAUCUUUAUAAUUAAAUAACUUCUCUUUAAUAAAACAGAUAAAGUUUGCGGAUUUCGGGCAAGUCUUUAUUUUUUUCUUCACUUCAAAUGUAAUUUGCGUCAUUCCUUCACAGCAAUUUUGUAUAAUGAAAUUGAGUUGUAUUUAUUGGCGUGCAUUUUAGAUAUUCUUUGCUUUGUUUGAAAUGUUUAAAAUAAGAUCCGCUAUCUUAACUGUCUGAAAUAGUAUUUUACUUUUAACAGUAAACAUGAAAAGUUACUGAUCGCAUUAUCUUUGAAAACUGUAAAAACGUUGUUUGUAAGUAUUUCGUAUAAUUUUUUUGUUUUGUUCUUAAUAAAUUUAAUGCCUCUAUUUUAAUGAUUUUGGUAUUGUAUUUGGAUUUUAAAUGUACUGAACUAAAAGAUUUUAUUGUAUUUUGUACGAAGUUAUCUUCUUUUCUUCACUUUUUCUACAACGACUUUAUAAAAUUAAUAAAUCAGAUAAUAAAUAUAA